AUGGACGCCAGCCGACAAGGGUCGCCGACGCCCAGUCACCGGGCCCCAAAGUACCCGCCUUCGACAGAAACGCCGCGUUCGCCCUCACGCUCAACACGAAACCUCUCGCCGCCAAAGCUCGGCGAAGCCCAGUCUUAUCCUUCGGUAUCACCACGGCGCCGGUUGAAUGGCCGCUCGUUGUUCAGCGACCGACAUAUUCCCAAUCGCACAGGCGUGGAUUUGCAGGCCGCAUUCAGUUUAUCGGCGCAGGACGUUAUGCCUGAACUUCGGUCAGCCCGCCUGGGAGCUCCAGAGCGCGACGAGCGCGCCGGCAACGAGAUCGAGCUCCGCAAAGAAGCAGAGGCCAACCGCACCUUCUCUAGUGUGUUGAAGGCAGAGCUUUUCGGUGACAAUGUGCCGAUGGCUGCGGCAGAGUUGGCUCGACCAAAAGCCGUAUCGCCCGGUAGAACCAAUCUGAGCGACGUUCCCAGCACUUCAGCAAAUAACAUCCGCUCGGCCAACUCGCUUCCUGUUACUAUAGCGUCCGGCCGCACCACACCACCGCAACCCGCGGGCGGGGCGGGCGGAAGCGGAACACCCCGACAGAGCGCUAAUCUCUUUACAUAUCAGCUGCCGACCAAGCUGCGGCCGGUAUCUCGAGACUUGCUGCACGAGCUUUUCUCGCUUUCACCCGUGCGCCUGGAUCUGCAGCGGUUUUUGCUCAGCCCUCAGAAAAAGACCCGCAGCAUUUCUAAAGUGCCUUAUCGUGUUUUGGACGCUCCUGAGCUCUCUGACGACUUUUAUCUCAAUUUGGUGGAUUGGGGUCUGCAGGACGUUUUGGCAGUGGGUUUGGGCGACUCGGUUUAUUUGUGGGAUGGUCUGACACAGUCUGUAGAACGGCUCUGUGUGCUCGAGAACAAAGAUAAAGUGACGUCGCUCAGCUGGAUAGCCUCGGGUACCCAUCUAGCUGUGGGCACGCUGAAGGGCUUGGUGGAGAUUUGGGAUGCCACAAAAAUCAAGUGCGUGCGUACCAUGACGGGUCAUAAGCUACGGGUGAGUGCAUUGGCCUGGAAUGAGCAUAUUCUUUCAAGCGGUUCGCGUGAUCGUACCAUCUAUAACCGUGACGUACGUGUACAGAGCCACUAUAUCAACAGCUUUGAUAGUCAUAAGCAGGAGAUAUGCGGCCUCAAAUGGAACGUCGAGGAAAACAAACUCGCGAGCGGCGGUAACGACAACAAUAUCUUCGUGUGGGACGGGCUCGAUACGAAACCGCUCCAUAAAUUCUCCGAACACAGUGCGGCCGUUAAGGCUCUAGCAUGGUCACCUCAUCAGCGUGGAAUAUUGGCGUCGGGAGGUGGUACAGCUGAUAAGACUAUAAAGGUAUGGAACACCCUCACGGGCACACGCAUAAACAAUGUGGAAACAGGUUCGCAGGUGUGUAACCUCAUUUGGUCGAAAAACUCCAACGAGCUCGUAUCCACUCAUGGAUACUCGCGCAACCAAAUCAUAGUGUGGAAGUAUCCGUCGAUGCAGCAAGUGGCGCAAUUGACAGGACACACGUACCGAGUAUUGUACUUGUCAUUGUCGCCUGACGGAGAGACGAUAGUCACGGGUGCAGGCGAUGAGACGCUACGAUUUUGGAAUGUUUUCGAAAAGAACAGAAACGACGAGCCGCCGUCCUCAGUCUUGCUAGAGGCAUUCUCACAGUUGCGGUGA